CUUCAAAAAACCCAAGCUUUCCCCAGCGAAGUGCUCACUUUUUUUCUUAAAAAAAAAGGAUUAAUUUAGGUGCAGAAGAUGGAUAAAUUCAAGAAUAUGUUAAAACCGAAGCCGAAUCCACAACAAUUACUAAGAGAUUGGCAAAGAAAGCUACGUCAAGAAUGCCGUAAUAUCGAACGACAAAUCAGAGAUAUUCAGAGAGAGGAGAAAGGUGUACAGAAAGCAAUUAAAGAAGCUGCCAAGAGAAAUGACAUGGGUUCUGCUAAGGCACUUGCAAAGGAAAUUGUAAUAUCCAGAAAAACCGUGAACCGUCUAUAUGAUAAUAAAGCCCAGCUCAAUUCAAUAUCCAUGCACCUUGGAGAAAGUGUCGGUAUGAGCUCGAACUGUGGCCAUUUGUCCAAGAGUGCUGAAGUCAUGAAACUUGUAAACGAUGCCAUGAAAGCUCCACAAUUGGCAGCCACGAUGCAAGAAUUUAGCAAAGAAAUGACCAAGGCAGGGGUUAUUGAAGAAAUAGUAAGCGAUUCCCUUGACUCGGCAUUGGAUUCUGAAGAUAUCGAAGAAGAGACUGAAGAAGAAGUUGACAAGGUUCUUUCGGAGAUAGCCGGUGAAACUGCAGCGCAGCUUCCUGAAGCUGUUCGGAAGGAAAGAGUGAUGGUGUCUGCCCAAAAAGAAAGUACUUCUCACGAGGAAGAAGCAAUAGCAGAGGGUGCCGACGACGAGGAAGAGUUGGAAGAGCUUAGGGCACGGCUUGCCCGAGUUCGGUCGUAAAAACUUUGCCUUUGUUUCAUGGUGUUCUUUAGCUGCCUAUCAACUGAAACUGUGCUUUGUGUUGUAUUACUACAUUAAAAGAGCUUUUGAGCUCAUCUGUUGUGUUUUGAGUCAUUGAACCCACCAUUCAUGGUG